AGAGAGAGAGCCAACAAAGAGUCCCAGCGACAGCAGGAUGUUUGGCCCUGUGCUGCUCUGCUGUUGGUCCUUCAGUCUGCUGCGUCUCUCUUCGUCUCUGGUUCAUGGAAACAUCCAGCUGGAUGACGGUCCGGCCGCUGGCCGCCGCGCUGAAAUGUCAUACCAGUCUGACAUCGAGAGAAGCCACGGCCCUGACCCUGCGCAUGACCCCGCCCUCCUACCUGUUGACUCAGUGGAGGAUCACUUCCUGAUGGACCCAGGGUCCUACGACGAGGACUCGUCAGCAGCCUUGCAGCUGCAGGGUCGGGCCAUGCGUUCACCUCGUCGCUGCAUCCCCCACCAGCAGUCAUGUCUGGGUUACCCACUGCCCUGCUGCGACCCCUGUGACACCUGCUACUGCCGCUUCUUUAACGCCAUCUGUUACUGCCGCCGAGUCGGCCAUGCCUGUCCACCUAGGCGCACCUGACGACGCACCGGACAAUGAGACUCUUUGAGGAGAUGUGUAGGCAGACGCUGCAUGUUGAUGGUCUUUCUUUGUGUAAUAAACGACUAAUUCAAAAAGA